UUGACGUGAAUGUGUUUGUUUGUGUGGGUGCCAAAGUUUAGCCAAAAAGUUUUAAAAUUUAAAAUCAACAUUUUUGUUUUGUUAAAACCUAAAAAAAACUAUGCUAUUAUUCGUGAGACAAGCAAAACUUACCAAAAAUUUGCUUACGCUUCAUAAAUAGUCCUAAUUGAAGUCAGGACACCCAUACAACCAUGGCAUUCAAACUCUUUCUUGCACUGGCAGCCCUCAUUCAGAUUUCAAAUAUGGAAUACAUUCCGCCCGGCCCCGCCUACACAUGCCCGAAAGAGGCAGAUACGCAUCUCCUAUUCCCGUGUGUGUGUGAGAAAGGGACAGACACAGGCAUCCAUCUUUUGUGUGAAAACACGGGAUUGGCCGCAAUCAGUGUUGGCAUAGGGAAUGUAGCCGGCUUAGGGUUGCCAAUUGAGAAAUUGACAUUAAGAGAUUGUAAAAUAUCUCGACUAUACGGAUCAUUGUUCCACAAGUCAACAAUAAGAGUCAUACAUAUUGAAGGCUCUCCUAUAACGUCUAUAGACAUGUACACUUUUGCCGGAGUAAACAGGACCUUACAGGAAUUGUCUAUGUAUAAUACAAAACUUACAGAAUUUCCCAAGGAGGCAUUUAAGAUCCUAGGCAACCUAACCACCCUGCGUCUCGUGGGCCACCGCAUAACCACCCUGGGCAAGGACAUAUUCAGCGGCAGCGAGGCGGCGGGGCGGUUGGAACGGCUGCAUAUAGCCGAGGGAUUGGUGUCUGACGUGGCUGCUGAUGCUUUUCAGAACCUGAAGAAGCUGAAGACUCUAGACCUGCACGGCAACCGGCUGGCGACGCUGAAGCGGAGCCAGUUCAAGGGACUCCGGGACACCGAGGUGCUGGACUUGAGUUACAACAAUAUAACAAAACUGGACGGGUCUCAUAUAGGGGACCUAACAAAGCUGGGAUGGUGCAACGCUAGUCAUAAUAAUAUAGGCGAAAUACCCAGGGGAAUGUUUGCAAGGAACACAGUUAUCAAGGUGGUCCACUUGGACAAUAAUAAAAUAAAGAAAUUGGACACAAAUAGCUUCAGAGGAAUGAGGUUUUUAAGACGCCUCUACCUACAAGACAACCAGAUAUCCUCAAUAGGCGUGGGCACCUUCGCCUCAGUGACCCGCAUCGGCACAGUGGACCUCGCGCGCAACCAGAUAACGGCUGUGCACUACCAGAUGUUCCAGCAGAGCAAGUAUGCUGAGAUAAUAAACCUAGCCGAAAACAACAUAACGAAAAUCGAAACACAAGCGUUCACAGACCUAUACCUAGCUGUGGUCAACAUAUCACAUAACCGCCUGGAAAAAAUAGAGGCUCAGUCGUUUGUCAACUGCAACAAUCUGACAGUUCUAGACUUGAGUCAUAAUCUGCUGACGGGGUUGCCUGGUAAUGCCAUGGAUGGGACCAGUUAUCCUGGAGAAUUGAGACUGGAGUAUAACUUUUUGACGGAUUUUGGGCAGAUACCAAUCCACAACAUGACAGGUAUCCGAGUCCUAAACGCCUCCCACAACCAAAUACAGCGGAUACCCCCUAAAGCCUUCCCGAAGCUGUACGAGCUGCAUACAGUGGACUUAUCGCACAACAAUUUGAGUGAGAUAGCCAAUGCUGUGUUUCAGAAUCUGUUCUCUUUGAGAUACCUAAACCUAAGCCACAACUCGAUGGAACAAAUAAAACCGGCGACAUUCGGCUCGAUCCCCACAGUACUGGAGCUGGAUCUAUCGCACAACCGGUUGAGAGACAUAUCGCGAGGCAGUCUGGCUAAGUUCAGUAGCUGCAGACGUCUGGAUGUGAGCUAUAAUAGCUUGGAUAAGAUCUUUCAGAUACCUAUUAGUUUGGGAGAGCUAGACAUAUCCUACAACAACCUAACCGAAAUCCGGCCGAACACGUGGCCAUCAAUGAACGCUCUGCUGUCACUGACACUGACAGGCAACCAGCUGUCAGAACUGACAUCUGACAGUCUGACACCUCUGCUGACAUUACAGAAGGUGGAUCUGUCGUAUAAUAGGCUGGAUAGACCGCCGUGGGAGGCUUUGAGUGCUGUUUCCAGUUUGAGGACGUUGUAUAUGCAGCACAACAACCUAACCGCCCUAACCCGCUCAUCAUUCGGCAACCUGCCCACUCUAUUCACGUUGGACUUAUCGCACAAUGCGAUCUCUUCCGUCGCGACCGCGUCGUUCAAGGGACUUCAGCAGCUGCAGACACUGUCGUUAAGGGCGAAUUUACUGGAUACUGUUCCACAGCAGACGUUUGUGUCUCUUACUGCUCUUAGGGAGUUAGAUUUAUCACAAAACAUGCUGGAGAAAAUCGAUAACAAAACGCAUGGAGUGUUGGACGACUGUUUAUCUAUUGAAAAGGUGAACCUAAGCCACAAUAACUUCGGUUUCCUCACUAAGAAGAUGUUCCCAUCAAACCCGUGGAUCCCAUACAAGCUUCUAGAAGUAGACUUGAGUUACAACUCUCUCCCGGUAGUGACGUUUGAUGUGACACACGGGACGAAGAAGUUGAAGAGGUUGAAUCUGUCGCAUAAUAGUAUUAAUGAUGUGAGGAAUAAUGUCAUUGGCAAUCUCACAUCUUUAGAAGUGCUGGAUUUAUCUUACAACGAUCUAGACGAUUUAAUUUCUAGAACUGCACCGGACGCAAAAGUGGAACUCCCAGAGAACAUAACAGAGCUAUACCUGUCACACAACAAGUUGCAACGACUGCCCAUAGACAAGAUAGUGCACAGCCAUAGACUAAGAGUUCUAGACGUCAGAAACAACCAAUUGGGAGAGUUCCACCCUGGAUUUGUAAAAGGAAUGAAGGAUCGAAAUAUGGAGGUGUAUUUUGAAGGAAACUACCUAAGAUGCGAUUGCUUCACUCGCCCUCUAAAGCAUUACCUAAACCACAUAUCCAUAGAGAAAAUACCUAAAAUAUACAACCUAACCUGCACUGACCCACCGGGGUUGCAAGGCGAAAAUAUUCUAACUCUGGACGAAGAGAGACUGGUUUGCGCUGGCAACAUUGAACUGGAGAACAAAAUGACGGAGUAUGGCAACACUGACAAAGAUUUGGCGUUCGAUUUUGUGUCUGAACCGGAUUUGGCAUUCAGAGAUAUUCAGUAUUCCCAAACCUCAAUCUACGUUCACUGGUUCGUUUUAACAACAGAAGACGUAGCCGACACCUUCAUAACAAUAAAAGACGACAAAAACAAACUAUUCUACUCAAACGACGUGGCAUACAACCUGCGUUCCAUUACCAUCGCCAUAGACAAGGAGUUCCAAACGUCACUGGAAAAAGGCGGCAAUUUUGACAUUUGCAUCCAAGCGAAAAACUCUAUGGGCGACGCGAGACUAUGGUUUCCUAAUCAGUGCAAAAAGGUCCCGACUGAUUUUGACAGCUGGCCGAAAAAGUUGAGCGUAGACAAAAGAAGGUUGACGAAGAAAAAAGUGAAGUACGGAUGGUUUUUCACCAAAAGCAGUGUUCUCGGGUUAGUAAGCGAUUCAAUUUUGAUUACUUUGUGCAUAUUUCUUGGCGUUUGCUUUAGAAGGUUGGCUGAUUUUGAUCUUUGAUUAUUAGAAGCCUCUUUUUCGAGACUGCUGUGUUAAAAAAUACUAGAGGAGUACAAAGCUAACUUUGCAAAAGAAAACAAAUGCCUACAACAAUAAAAUUAAAGCUUAUUAGAGAAAUCAUUAUUCUUUGUCAUUUCUGACACUGACUUUGUACGUUUUACUCAUAUUCAAUCAUUAGUGCUAUCAGAAAAAAUAAUCUUUCAUCUUUUACCCGUUGCAAAGUUAGCGAUUCUAUCGAUUCUACCCAUCACCUUAUUUUUUAUAAGUAUUCAAGACGUUAACUGAUAUGUAUUAUACAGGGUUACCUAUUUUAAAAUAAUAAUAUUAACUAAGUAUUAAGGUGCUGUAAAAG